GGCUAUCUUUUCUGUUCUUUCCGUGCAUCUGCCAUUGUGUGAUUGAAUGUUGACAGGAGCUUGCAUUUCCUGGAAGCAGGGGAGUCAGUGGAUUACAGCGAGGUGAAGGAGACGAUUUGCCUAUAACUCAGCCCUUAGGGCAGAGGAUAGGCAGCGCAUGCUGCCUAAAAGGCGACGGGUUGAGGUUGAGGAGGACAAAACGGGGUCGUCAAUGACGAAGCCUCGCUCCUCGGAGGAUGUGUCAAUGACGAAGCCUCGCUCCUCCGUGGAUGUUGAGAUCGAUGAAGAUCUGCACAGUCGCCAGUUGGCAGUGUAUGGACGGGAGACGAUGCGUCGCCUGUUUGGGGCCAGUGUGCUCGUCUCUGGGCUGGGGGGUCUUGGAGUGGAGGUCGCAAAGAACACGAUUCUAGCUGGGGUCAAGUCUGUGACUUUACAUGACUCUCAUGUUGUGGGAUUGGCAGAUCUGUCAUCGCAGUUCUAUUUGUCUGAAACUGAUAUUGGAAAGAACCGGGCCACUGCAUGCGCAGACAAGCUGAUUGAGCUCAACACUGCUGUUGCAGUUCGGGUACAUACUGGAGAUAUCAUGAAAGAGUUCCUUGCGAACUUCAACGUGGUGGUGUUUACCGAUUUGCCUAUGAACAAGGCUCUGGAGAUCAACAGCUUCUGCCAUACACAUCAGCCACCGAUCGCCUUCAUCAAAGCAGAAGUACGUGGAGUGUUUGCAAGUGUGUUCUGUGAUUUUGGACCUGAGUUCACAGUGUUCGAUACAGAUGGAGAAGAACCACACUCUGGUAUUGUUGCAUCCAUCACUACGGGCAAUCCAGCACUUGUAACCUGUGUAGAUGAUGAGCGGUUAGAGUUCCAAGAUGGCGAGCUUGUGACUUUCCGGGAGGUCAGAGGCAUUCCAGAACUGAAUGAUGGAAAACCACGGCGGGUGAAAAACGUCAAGGCACAUUCAUUCCAGCUUGAGGAGGACACAACCAAGUGCAAUGCCUACGAAGGUGGUGGGAUCGUUACUCAAGUCAAGGAGCAGAAAGUCUUGAAGUUCAAGCCACUAAAUGAGGCGCUCAGUGACCCGGGGGAGUUCUUGCUUUCAGAUUUUUCAAAGUUUGAUCGCCCUGGCCUUCUGCAUGUAGGUUUCCAAGCUCUGGGGCUCUUUGAAGCGUCCUUUGGCCGUCUUCCCGGCCUGGCAUCAGCUGAAGAUGCUGAAAAGCUCGUAGCCUUAGCCAAGGAGGUGAAUGAAAAGGCCGGUGACAAGCGAUUGGAGAGCCUCGAUGAGGGCGUUCUGAGGAAGCUUUCCUUCGGUGCUGCGGCUUGCCUUUCUCCCAUGGCUGCCCUGUUUGGUGGCAUUGUUGGUCAAGAAACUGUUAAGGCUUGCUCGGGGAAGUUCCACCCCAUCUUGCAAUUCUUUUACUUCGACUCUGUCGAGUCUCUGCCCCCCAAUGAGCUUCCAGCUGAGGAGACCAUGCCAGUCGGAUCGCGGUAUGAUCCGCAGAUUGCAUUGUUUGGUCGAACGCUUCAGGAGAAGAUGAUGAAUGCUAACUGCUUCAUGGUCGGGGCAGGAGCUCUGGGGUGCGAGUUUUUGAAGAAUCUGGCACUGAUGGGUGUCUGCUGUGGUCAGAAUGGGAAGCUCACUGUGACGGAUGACGAUACAAUCGAGAAGAGUAACCUCAGCAGACAGUUCUUGUUCCGCGACUGGAACAUCGGGCAGUCRAAAUCUUUGGUAGCUGCGGCUGCWGCGCAAGUAAUUAAUCCGAGCUUGAGAAUCAAUCCUCUCCAGAACCGYGUAAGCGGAGARACGGAGUCUGUGUUUAAUGAUGAAUUCUGGGAACGCCUCGAUGUCGUUGUGAAUGCAUUGGACAAUGUGAAUGCGCGAUUGUAUGUGGAUUCUCGAUGUGUCUAUUUYCAGAAGCCUCUUCUGGAAUCUGGAACUCUGGGGACAAAGUGCAACACUCAAAUGGUGAUCCCGCAUCAGACGGAGAACUACGGAGCAUCAAGGGAUCCGCCGGAAAAGCAAGCUCCAAUGUGUACCUUGCACUCCUUCCCCCACAAUAUAGAYCACUGCCUUGUCUGGGCGCGCUCGGAAUUCGAAGGCUUCCUAGAAAAGACUCCAGCGGAGGUGAAUGCAUUCUUAUCGAAACCCAACGAGUACAAGGAAACGGCGAAGAGUGCAGGGGAUGCUCAGGCCAGGGACGCUCUGGAGCGGAUUGUGGAAUGCCUUGUGACAGAUUGGUGUACAACGUUUGAGGACUGCAUUGYGUGGGCACGGCAUCGCUUCGAAGAUUAYUUUGCGAAUCGUGUAAAGCAGYUGACGUUCACAUUUCCAGAGAAUGCUAUUACCAGCACGGGGGCUCCAUUCUGGUCAGCUCCGAAGAGAUUCCCGACACCUCUGGAGUUCUCRAGCAAGGAUYCGUGUCACAUGUCCUUCGUCAUUGCAGGCGCCAUUCUCCGGGCAGAAACUUUUGGAAUAGCAAGGCCUGUAUGGGCAACAGAUGUGAAGAAGGUGAUGGAGGUGGUGGAUAAAGUGCCAAUCCAGCCAUUUGUGGCAAAACAGGGAGUUGAGAUUGUGACUGAUGAGAGGGCAACGRCAGUUCCAUCGCAUKCUGAYGAUGAGUCGAUCAUUAACUCGCUGCUCCAGAAGCUGGAGGCUGGCACAAAGAGCAUUCGUCCCGGGUUUCAAAUGCAUCCGAUUCAAUUUGAGAAAGAUGAUGACACAAACUUCCACAUGGACUUCAUUGUCGGACUUGCCAACAUGCGCGCACGGAACUACAGUAUCCCUGAAGUAGACAAGCUGAAGGGGAAGCUCAUYGCAGGCCGUAUUAUCCCGGCCAUUGCAACAACAACGGCCCUGGCAACCGGUUUUGUGUGUCUGGAGCUAUACAAAGUGCUUCAGGGCCAGCCUGCCAGCCAGCAUCGGAACACUUUUGCAAACCUUGCCCUACCCCUCUUUGCCAUGGCAGAGCCUGUUAGUGCACGGAAGUUCAAGCACGGGGAGCUGGAGUGGACCGUCUGGGAUAGGUGGGUUAUUGAGGGUGAUGUAACUCUGCGGCAAGUGCUGGAUUGGUUCCGUCAGAAGAAUCUGAACGCAUACAGUAUCUCCUGUGGCCAGAGUCUGCUGUAUAACAACAUUUUCCCCAGGCACAGAGAGAGAUUGGACAAGAAGGUGUCUGAUCUGGCGAGAGAGAUUGCGAAGCUGGAAGUUCCAMCACAGCGKCGRCAUUUUGACAUAGUGGUAGCAUGUGAGGAUGAYGAGAGUGAUGACCUGGAUGUCCCUCUGGUGUCGAUUCGCUUUCGGUAACUAGKSCCUGAGCUGGAUGUUUGCUCCGCAUGUGUGGGUAACGCUGUAUGCACUUUUGAGUUAUCUCCUGCUAACUAUCACGGAGAACGGAUAGAUGGCUGGGAUUUGUGUUUGUGGAUGCGGUAAGAGGUGCGAUACGUGUGUGUGUGUGUGUGUGUGUGUGUGUGUGUGUGUGUGUGUGUGUGUGUGUGUGUGAGAGAGAGAGAGAGAGAGAGAGAGAGAGAGAUUGGGAUGGCGAAUGGAGAGGCUGUGGAGGUCCUGCUAGGCCAAAUGGGGUAUUGUCAUCAUAUUGUAAGACUUUCAUUAGAUGACACACAAUAUGAGCUCUACUCAUCGUGAUUCAUAUCGCUAAGUAGAAAUGUUCAGGUAUUCAGAGGUCUUAUCAUUCUUUGAGUGGCAGCAUCUAUGCAGGAUGAUUGAUCGCUUUGCUUGACGGGUCUUUGUUAGGGCCCUCUUUCAUAUGGGUGGGAGGGGAAAGCUGCCAGGAGUGUGAAUGAAAUGAAAUGGUCUCAAUGUGGGCAAAGCUGUCUAUAUCCAGUGGUGAAGUUAACAUAUGUCUUAUACACUGAGAAAUGUGCUGAGAUUAUGCCCUUGCCUUCGAAACAGAGUCGUCGCUGUUUAAAAAUGCAGAGUUCGCUUCGAUGUGCAAUACCCCGGGAGCGGAAGAGAGGGCAGCUUACCCCAACUUGUUGGAUUGUUACGUAUUUUUUAUGUGAAAGGGAGUGUAUAGGCCUUCUGGUUUAGAAGCGUGAUUAUGAGGGAUGGGUGCAGGAGCUGCAAGGGGGUGGCAUACUUAUGCGGAAUCCUCCCUGAGCGGCUGUGCUCCUGUCGGUUUAUGAGAGGUGGUGAUCCAAAAUCGUCUGGAAAUAUGGGCGAAGUAGCUUCUCGGAUUGCAGUGAUGUGCUUUGGAAUCAGUUGCAUCAUCACUUCGGUGACUGCUGUGGAGGAUGAAGAUAGAGCCUGCUUUGGUUUUGUUUGUUUUGUGGUGGUGAGUGCAGAUAGUCCUCUUUCCUGGCUGAACAGUUUCUUUCUUUUUUCUUGAAGAUGCUGUCUUAUGUGGACUAAAUAAGAUGAUUUAUGGCCAUAAGUGUUCGACCGUUUGUUUCAGUGCAUCGCAAUCAUUCAUUUCCGUUGCUGGUACUUGUCUGAGAAUUCGACAAAAGCCAUUUGUGUGUGAAUUGGGACAUCUUCUGGCCGUGCUACUUCCAUCUGCAUUCUUGAGUUUUGAAGAAGCGACAUGUGCAAGCAAGUACCCCCUCAUUGACCUGUCAAUGAACUACAUCUCUCCAUUUCCAGUGUGUAAGAGGGACUCGAAUCAAUAUUGGGCGCUCGU